AUGUCAGCACAUGGUGCAGGAGAGAUCCCAGAACCUAUCCUCAAGGCAUCAGACAUUUCCGAUGAGAUGAGAGACGCGGUGUACGAACAGACAAGACUUGCGAUGGCGGAGCACACAGUGGAGAGAGACAUUGCGAGCACGCUGAAGAAGGCACUUGACGCGGAGUUUGGCGGACCUUGGCACGUCGUUGUUGGGAAGAACUUCGGGUCGUACGUCACGCACGAGAAGGCGCACUUCUUGUACUUCUACAUCGGACCGCUCGCCUUCCUCGUCUUCAAGACCUGA